AUGGGGAAAAGGAAGAAUACCGAAGACGAUGCUGAACGCAUAAAAAGAAAGUUGAAGAAAUGGCAAAAACGGCUCAAGAAGACUGAAGAGAACGCGGGUUCCACCGAUUCCGCAGAGGGGACCCCGCCAAGACCCGUACCUGACGACCUGGAAGGCGUUAUUGAAGAUAAUGAGACUGCAGUCACGAUUCCAGAUGUGGAAGAAGCCCCAGAAGAGCUUCUCUUAGCGCUUGGGCCCGAAGGAGGAGACACUAGUGAGACAGGGGAACCAAUACUACAAACAUUGGCUUCAAGAUGGCAGAACAUCAUGAGAGAUGGACUAAACAAGGAGACAAAAGAACAAAUAAUCAAAAAAUAUCCAGCUCCCCUAAACUUUGCUAUUACUGCUCCGGCUCUUAAUCCUGAAAUUAAGGCUACAUUAUCGGAUUCUGCCUUGAAAAGAGACAACAGGAUAAUUUGGAGACAAAACCAAAUGACUAAGCCCGCUGCAGUCACAGCAGACAUCUCGCAGCGGGCCUUACCAGCAGCCUCGUUACAGGACGAAUCAGCAGUCUCACAGACAACCAGGGAGACCACAACAGAGGCAGCAGUACAAGAAGAAGGGUCAGCAGAGGAAGCGGUCUUCACAACGCAACCAACAGCAACGGAAUUAGAGGGAGUGCCACCCGCUACAUCAGCAGCUUACCCUGGCUGCAGGAUUGCUGUCAGCGAGGCGUUCAUAAGGCGCGGCACGCCAAAUUCAGCGCUUAACAUCAUGUUGAAAUCCUUAUCAUGUAACACGUUGAAGCAGUAUAACUCAUCCUUAAAGUUAUGGUGGUCAUUUUGUUAUAAAUACAAAGUUGAUCCCUAUCAAGGAUCUGUUCCCUUUAUAUUAAAGUUCCUUAGCGAAUGCUUUCAAAGAGGGUCAUCAUAUGGCUCUUUAAAUACUACUAGAUCCGCCCUCUCCCUGGUAGUGGGUCCAAAAGUCGGCACGGAUGAUCGCAUAAAACGAUUUUUUAAGGGGCUAUUUAGAAUAAAUCCACCUAAACCAAAGUAUAACAUAACUUGGGACCCGGGACAAGUGUUAGACUAUCUAGCACAAAAGUAUCCAAAUGAAUCCCUGCCACUAGAAUUUCUUACCAAGAAACUGGUUACCAUUUUAGCAUUAACUUCAGGACAUAGAGUCCAGACUCUAUCCCUAAUAAAAGUAAUUAAUAUUAACUUCACCACAGGUGGUGUACAGAUUAAGGUACCGGAUAAUAUUAAAACUUCGAGAAAAAACUCUUUGCAACCAAUUUUACACUUAAAAUCAUAUAUAAAUAAAGUAGAAAUUUGCCCUGUACUUACCAUUAAAUCAUAUAUAGAAGCCACUAAGAAUGUUAGAAAAGACUCUCAUAAUCUUAUAAUUACAUAUAACAAGCCACACCGCAGUGCCUCAACUCAAUCACUAAGCAGGUGGAUUAAAGCAACUCUAGCUGAAGCUGGGAUAGACACCUCCAUUUUUUCAUCACACAGCACUAGACAUGCUGCUACAUCAGCAGCUAGUAGAGCUGGAAUUAACAUAGAUCUGAUCAGAAAAACUGCAGGGUGGUCAAGUACCUCCGCCACUUUUGCAAGAUUUUAUGAUCGCCCAGUGUCAGUAGAUCCCGCAGCCUUUAGUGAGGCUGUUUGUGACACUACAAAUAGAAAUUAAACUAGAAUUAAGUUUGAAAUGUGAUUUAUUGUCUAAGGAAUAGUAAUUAAUAUUUUUGUUAAACUGCUCACAUAAUUCAUAUAUAUAUAUCUCGUUUUUUAUAUAACUAAUCGGGUGUUUCAUUCACAACAUCUUCGAACAUCUACACUGUAAAUAUCGUCUCGGACAAGGAGUGAGUAUAAUUAAGAGAUUAAACGAACUUACCUGUAAGUGAAGUUCUAUCUCAAUUAUACGAAGCUCCUUGUCCGAGACGAGAGUCCCUCCCUUUAACCUGAUAUCCCGCCCCGAAAUCCCUGGGGGUAGCAGGUUGUUCAUGAAACAAGCUUUAAACACAAUGACGUUAGUUGACAGGUGCGUUCAGAAAUGGGUUGAUGUUUUUUUCUUUUGGAUUUGGAGCUUUGAAAAUUGUGAUGAUGCCGAGCACAAGACGUAGACUACACUGUAAAUAUCGUCUCGGACAAGGAGCUUCGUAUAAUUGAGAUAGAACUUCACUUACAGUUACGAGAAUAAGCGAAAACCGGUGCUGUUGGACAAAACCAAUCAAAAAACACCAAAAAAUGUCACUGAAGCAAUCAAGAGUAAGGAUGUAGUCGGGGAUAUAUUGAAAAUGGUUAAUAAGUUCGUUUUAUCAGCACUUGAUGUGGAUCCUGAAGUGCAGCUGCCGGAUACGGAUGACGAAUACUCUGCACCUUCUGUGGCUAUAUUCUUCAAACAGCUGUACAGUGCUCUGUUCAUAAGAUACGGGCGAAACGAGUGGCACUUCUUUGUUCGGCCUCCAUCGCCAUUCCCCAAGUGGUUCUUCGAAGGCCACGAACACUGCUCAGUCAACCGAGGAAGCAUCGAAGUCCCGAACGAAGUCCAAAUAGAAUUCUAUCAACAACUCUUGCGGUUAAUGCGUAAAUACUUUUCUAAGGUCGAUUUGUAGUAAGGAUUUUACAUGUGUUUCUUGUUUUCGUUUUUCCCGGUUCCAACCCCGGUACCGGACUUAUUAAUAUAAAUUAAUAUCGAGUUACGAGCAGUUUUCACUAACGCAGGUGACUCGACCAUUAUAGACGGCGAUACGGCUCAUCAUCUAUCACGUUGGUCUAACAGAAAAUUCCCCUUCGUAAACUUAAUUCACCUGAGCUAAUUCACCUAGGUGCAUUAAACAAACUUUUAGUAAUCUUUAAUCACCUGCAUCGCUCGUGGUAAAACAAAAGACAUCUUCGGUGAGUUGUGGGUAUGUAGUUUAUCUUGCGAUGGAUGUACCUCUGACUACACUAUUGGGAUAGUCAUGAGCUGAUGUCCUUCUCAUGUGUACUCUAAACAUGAAGAUUUUGAUGAAAGAGGAAAAGCAGAAGCGUACAAAAAACUGUAGAAAAAAAUAACAUAAACAGCCUAUAUACGUCCCACUGCUGGGCACAGACCACCCCUCAAUCAACCGGAGGGGGUAUAAGUACCUUAGUACUUUAUAAACAUUAUUAUUAUGAUGCAGCACACCUAUUCCGCUAUACUAUAUAAUACUUGUCUAUUGGUCUUUGUUUGUCUACGAUGCCUGCAGACACCGAGUUAAUAUUUAGUUUGACAGUUCUACUAGCUUUAUCUCUGUCUUGCACUCGCCGCAAGUGAAGGACGGCAGAGUAUUUUUAGAGUUCUCAAUCUAAAAUAAAAAUAAAGUUUUGUAUGUUAGAAUCAGCACUAACAACUUAGGUAUAUUAGUAGCCCCGAUUCCUGCAGACACAUCCUAAUUUUAUUUUAAGUUAUACCCGUCAUUUUCUAGUCCGCCGAAAAGGAAAGGGACGGAUGAUUGACAACAAGUUAAUUUUGAAAUGAAUUAAUAAAAUAGGCAUCUCGCUCUUAUGCAAUCCGCUUGACGUGUGCUGUCAACUUAAUUGUGUCGGGUUAUUGGCCAAUAUAAAAAUAUGGAAUGGUUUAAAAAAAUCUGCUUAUCGAUAACCCGUUCUUUUAUUUCUCAGAGGAUAAGAAAAUGACAGGUAUAACCAGUUAAAAUGUAAUACAUAUAUGUAAGAGGUGGAUACUCCUGACACAGGUAAAUUAAUUUGCCUACUAGGAGAUCCCAAUUUAUUGUAAUUAUGUUUAUUUGGUUUAAGCAAUAAAUAUUUUUCAUUUUUAAUAUUUUAUAUUCAUAAUUCAUAACUUAAAAUAAAAUUAGAUGGUGUGUACAGGAAUCCAGUACAAUAAAUAUUGAAACAACAAUUCAACAUAACUUUUCAUUUAUUUAUAUAACGUAUAAUACCUACAUCACGUGAAAUUAAAAACCUAUGUCAAGUAUACAAUAUAUAAAGAAACCGAUUCUAGUGCGUAAGUAACUUAAGGAUUUUGUGAUUGACUUACCAACCUAUUGAAUUCAUCGAAUAACAAAUUCCUGCAAUUUUCUUAUCAUAUUGGUGCUAAUUCCUGUAAAUACCAUCUAAUUUAAUUUUAGGUUAUAUCUGUCAUUUUCUUAUCCGCCGAAAAGGAAAGGGACGGGUAAUCGACAAGCAUAAAAUUUAUGGAACACACGUCAAUUUUAAGCACAAAUCUAAAACAACCGUCUAAAAAUUCGCCCGGGUUAUUCAUUUAUUUACUCAUUCUUCCUAAAAUUAAGAGCUGUCAAUCAUCCGUCCCUUUCCUUUUCGGCGGAUAAGAAAAUGACAGGUAUAACUUAAAGUAAAAUUAAGAGAUGUCUGCAGGAAUCGGGGCCAUUGACUGGUUUAGCUUAUUCGUACCGAAUGUAAUACUUGACCACUGUAAGUUGAGCGCGCAAUACUAUGUACGCCCUUAUGCGAUAAUACAUCUGGCAAUACUUCGCUAAUAGUGACUUAUCGACCUUAUUAUUACUGUACUGUGACCGUUAUUUGUAGGGUCAUAUAUGCUGUUUGUCAGUAUACUGUGAGAAUACCAUGGUUUUUGGUAGACGGAAUAUGUCUCAUGCAAAUUAAGUUCAUAGUGCAAUUAUAAGGUCCAUUUUUUUAAAACUCUGCCGGAACUAAUUCUGUCCGUGGUUUUUCGUCAAUAUUCUCACAAUCAGAGUAUAUUGCAAGAUGUAAUAUUGCCCUUACGACGCGGCUAAAGUGCUUAGCUUAAGUGUCGCCGUCUAUAGUGUUUACUACGCACUAAAGUCGGCCAUAUUUGACUAAUAAAUCAGCCCCCGCGGCACGAAUUAUAUUGAGGGCUUAUAUAUACGAAUUAUAUUGAGGGCUUAUAUAAUAGCUUUACGGCGUUUAUCUACGUAGAUAGCAUUCGCUGCGUCUCUAGGUAGAAAAACUCCGCUCAGCUGCAGUGGACAGAGAUUGGUCAAUCCUAUUGGUUAAUAUUUAUCCGUUUCACCGCUCCGCAAGCUCGCUCCGCUUCAAUGGACAGGCAGCCUUAUAAUUGGGUCGUGUACUAGGUUCAAGAUAAAUUAUGAAAUUCCGAUUAAGUACUAA